AUGAUUGCUGUGUGUCUUUUCGCUACUUUUCUGUCCACAUCAUUCGGGUUCCAUAUAUACAUUGAAGACUCUGUCGAACGUUGUUUCAUUGAAAAUGUUGGUGAACGCAUCCUUAUCACUGCAAACUACGAAUAUCUAGGUGCAGCACACAGUGCAGUUAGUGACGCAACAAACACUGGCUGCUCGAUGUAUUUUAGAUUGCCAAAUGGUAAGAUAAAUACUAGAGUUGACAUAUCAGCCAAGCCUAAGGGUAAAUUUUCGUACAUAUCGGAGACGGCCGGUACGCAUAGAAUUUGCAUAUAUUGCUCAUUGGGACACUGGUUGGAAUCCAAAAAGGCCAAAUUUUUUCUAUCGGUAGAGACAGCCGACGCGCUGGACAAGUUUGAAAAUCAAAGACAAUAUGACUUUGAUAACAUUAAUCCCGCUAAGAAACAUGAAAUUGAGUUUUUGAUUAGUGAGAUACAGAAAUUCACCCAUUCGGUGUCUAGUAUUAAGGAUGAACAGGUAUUGGACGAUUUUAUCACCAACAAGUUCUACAGAAUCUUCAACACAGUUCAUGAAUAUAUCCUAUAUUUUUACAUGGCGCAAAUUGCUGCAAUAUGCAUUUGCGUCGCCUAUUCGAUCAAUCAUUUGAAUAAGUAUUUCAAGUCACAGCGUCUUAUCUAA